UUUAAUAUUUUUUGAAAGGCCUUUAAUGACUUGAGUCCAUCCAUGGCCGUAAAAUAAAUUAAAAAAAAAAUCUUAUCACAAACAUGUUUGUACUUUGUAGGUACUUAGUUUGUUUACAUUUUGUUUCGCUAUAUAGUAGUUAGUUCUAAGUUCAGUUAUAUAAGUUAGAAAACGUCUGCAUUGAUUCAUGAUUACCACUAUGACUUUACAAGGUAUCAAGUUAGUUACAUUUGAUGUUACAAACACUUUAUUAAGAUUUCGAGUACCUCCAUACGAUUACUAUGCUCUUGUAGCACGUAGUCAUGGUUUCAAAGGUACAGGAGAUGAUAUCAAAAACCAAUUACUUAGUAGUUAUGCAGAUCUAUCAAAGAAUCAUCCCAAUUUUGGAAGACAUAGUAUUUCCUGGAACAGGUGGUGGAGUCGCGUUAUUGAAGGGACCUUUCAAGGGCAUUUACCUAAUGAUGCUAAAGUUAAUCAAAUUUCGAAAAAACUUAUUGAAGAUUUCAAAACUCCAACAUGUUGGGAAGUAGUAGAUGGUGGUGCAGACAUAAUCAAAUUACUUAAAAGUUCUGGAAUUGUUGUUGGCGUGAUAUCCAAUUUUGAUCCUCGGCUACAUGAUAUACUUACUAACUUGAGCAUUCAUGAUUGCUUUGAAUUUGUAUUAACCUCUUAUGAAGUAGGUAUAUGUAAACCUGAUAAAAAGAUCUUUGAGUGUGCUCAAGUUACCUAUGGAAAUGAUGUAUACCCUUGGCAAUGUCUUCAUAUUGGAGAUGAUCUAGAGAAAGACUACAAUGGUGCAAAAGCGGCAGGUUGGCAUGGUCUACUUAUAGAUAAUAAAUUAAUGGAAUCGUCACAUUCUGUAAAUGCUUUCCCAAGUUUAAAAGAGUUAUGCAAAGCAAUCAAACAUAAUAGAGUGCAACUAUUUUGAAGAUAUGUUUACUAUUUAAUAACACAUAAUUAUA